AUGCGGGUGGUGCUCCAAGCAGCCGUCCUCAAGACGGCGCGUCGCGCUCUCACGAGUGACGGCUACCUCCACAAGACUGUGAUUCCGACGUUCAAGUUUCAGGACUCGUUGCCCAAGCUGAAGAUCCCAAAGCUGGAAGACUCGCUGCAGAAGUAUGUGGCCUCCGCCACCCCACUCGUCUCGCCUGAUGAGCUGCAGCAGACCAAGGCCGUUGUCGACGACUUUGCCAACACCGAGGGCAAGAUCCUGCAGGACCACAUCGUGGCCGAGGACAAGAAGCAUUACUCGAGCUACAUCUCAGCGCCCUGGUUUGACAUGUAUCUCCGCUUCCGUGAUCCCCUCCCCAUCAACAUGAACCCGCAGCUGACGAUGAAGGACGACCCUGAUCCGGCGAAGCACAAGCAGGCGCCACGCGCUGCCAGCCUCAUCUCCGCCUCUGUCGCCUUUUACCGCACCCUCCGCGACAGGCAGCUCAGCCCAGAUGUGUACCACACAAAGCCGCACCGGAGCGAGACGCCGUUUUUCCAGCAGCUGGUCAAGAUGGCGCCCAACGCGGCCGCAUGGUACAUCGGCUUUGGGUUCGGCGCGUUUGCACUUGACAUGAGCCAGUACGCCAACCUGUUCAGCUCCACGCGUGUGCCGCAGCCGACCAAGGACCAGCUCGUUGUCUUUGAUGAGCGCCAGAGCCGGCACAUCAUCAUCCAGUACGGCCACGACUUUUUCAAGUUGAAUGUUCUUCACCAGGACGGCACCGCCGUCCCAGAGGCAGAGAUUCGCGCUGCGCUUGAGGACAUCACGUCCAAGCCCGCAUCAACGGCCGCGCCCCCGCUCGGCGCCGCCACCACGAUGAACAGGGACAAGUGGGCUACCCUCAGGAACAAGGUGAUGGGUGCAUCGCCGCGCAAUCUGCAGCACAUGUCGGACAUCGACUCCGCCCUCUUUGCCGUCUGCCUCGAGGACUCUGCCCCCGGCUGUGCGCCCAUGACGCCGCUCGGUGGCGCCACCGGUGAUGAGUACGUCGAGCUGUCGGAGGCGAUGUUGUACGGUAACGGCAGGAACAGAUGGUUCGACAAGAGCUUCCAGCUGAUUGUGACGGAGAACGGAAAGUCCGCGGUCAACUUUGAGCACUCGUGGGGAGAUGGCGUGGCCGUGCUCAGGUAUUUCCAGGAGGUGUACAAGGAGAGCAUUGCAACGCCGACACCGGACCCAAGGCCAAAGGAACAGGCUGUGAAACUCGACUUUGACUUUACGGACGAGCUGAGCGCCGAGCUGAAGACCGCGGCGGAGGAAUUCGACGCCUUCAAAAACACGAUUGACAUGAAAGUCCUCCAGACACAGGUGCGCAGUGCUUCACAUAUGCGAUGGAUGUGA